UAGCAACGCGUCACAAUUUGAAUUUGAAAAGCAAAAAAUGUGCAGGAAAAAAUAUGAGAAUUACGGGACAGUUACUGAGGAGACGAAGUAGCAAGCCGUUGAAUGAAGUACGCCAUCUUGACCUUUCGAGCACCAAUAUCGUGACAUUAAAUCAAUUGGAGUUAUGUCCGAAGUUGACAACUUUAAUAGCGAGUCAUAAUCUUUUGGAAAGUGUUAAUAAUUUGGAUAGUUGUCCUGAGCUAUGGAAACUUGAUCUUUCACACAACAAGCUUCGAGACAUAAAUGGGUUGGGUCGGUUUUCUGUGCUUGGUUGUCUGAUCCUUUCAAACAAUUGUCUGGAUUGGUGUGAUCUAGAGGAUAUCCAACAAACACACAUCCUGAAUCUUAGUCUUCAUGGAAACCCAAAGUUGGAGAAAGAUCCUUAUUAUCGAAUGCAUGUUAUCGAUUCCUUUCCUUUAGUAUGGAUGUUGGAUGGUAUACUUAUUACUUCUGCAGAAAGACAGCAAGUUCAAAAGUUUUUUGCUGAAAGUGAAUUAAAAGAGCAUCCUGUGCGUCACAAAAUAUCAAAGAAAAAAUGUUUUACUCCAACACCAUUGCAGAAUCUUUUGGUCAAUGGUCCUUUUGGUGAAAAAACGCAACAUUGGAUAAAAAGAUUUCCUUUGCAAGAGAAAUUGACUCAAGAACUUGAUAAAAGACGACUUUGUUACUUGGCAUACAACUUUCAAGAGGAAUUUCGGCUCCAGUUACAACGUUCUAAAAGUACUGAAAGCGAAACGGAUGAAGAAUUGUUUAUGGCAGUUUUUGAUCAGCGGGAACGCGAGAAGGAGAAAAGUAACAUGCUGUUGCUCCUUCUGGUUGCCACUUUCGAGUUUGAUAUUUCUGAACACGUUUUGCAACAGACGCUAGAUAUCGCCAAGCUGAGCAAGAUCGGAUGUUAUGACACAAAGAAUAUAUUUCUUCUGCCAAAAAAAGAACAAGCCUCUAUGGCGUCCUUACUUCUGUCCGGAGUUAAAAUUGAUCGCGAUGCUAAGAUUGAUGACGGACUUUAUGAUUGCCUUUAUCUGUGUUUGUGUGAUCUCGUCUCUGCGUGGCAUAAAUUAACGAAUAACCACAUGGUAUCGAGACCAAGUGGAAUAAGGGAUAUUCUUGCAGCUGAGAUCGUCCAGUUGUUUUGUAUCGUUCCCGCCUUUUUAUUGCUUGUUCAAAAAGAAACAGGCUUAUUAGAGCUGGUCUCGUCGGCAACAAAAGAAUCCGAUAUUGAAGAACAGCUGUACAGUGUUGUGAUGAAGGCGAAAGCUAAAGGAACAAAACCCGAUGAGAUGUUACAAGGGAUAAGCUCGUACAUACUGAAGAAAGUUUACAGCAAAUAUAAUUGUCAAUUUGGCAAAGCUGCCGGGAAUAUCCUCCCCAAGGAACCAAACCCGUUUUUGAGGACGUCAAGUUAUUCAAAACGUAUAAGCACUGGAGAUGAAUCACAACAAUAUCGAACUUCCUUUUGUUUAACAAGGACGCAAAAUAUACCCAAAAAUAGACAUGGCUCGACUGUGAGGAAAAUAGGAAAGGCUUUGUCUCCCAGAGUAAAGUCGUUAGAACGGCUACCAGCUUUGGGAGACCAGUUUUUUACAAGUGACCAUCAGGUUUGUGGCCAUAUUGUGGCGAUGCCGGAGAAGAACGUCGUGUUGGUAAAGUUGGAUGCCGCCAUUCCAGUUUGUAACUCAGCUCGCGAUUUGCAGCGCUCAAGUACAAGGAUGAAAAGAUCUGACAAUGGUAAUCGCUUCAUUUAUGUCAACACAGAAAUGUUAGAGUGGAAUUGUCGAGGUUACUGGAAAGUUCAGCAAAUUACAAAAGAUCAUUAUAGUACACGUCAGCCGAGGCAGUUAUCAAAAAAUGAAAGUAAUUCUCUGCACGAAUCCUAUCUGGCCAAUACAGUCAAGAAACAGCUCCCUGUCGAAGUUUGGAUGUCUUUUUCUACUUUGGAAAAUUCUCCUGGCAAGUCUGAAAAUAUCAUGUCAGAUGGGAAUGCUGUGUCACAAAAUGUACGAGAUUUGGUAAAAGAUUGUUUAGAGCAUGCGAAAAUCACAAAUGAAGGCUCUAUUCAUGAAAAUCCAUGCCUUCAAGAUGAAAUAACUAUGGAAUAUAAAAAAUCUCUUGAAAAUGGAACUAAACAACAAAAGGAAGGCAAAGAUUUUCAGCGUAAUGGGAAUACGUCAGCCCCUGAAGAAAUGAAAGAACAUGCAGACGAAGUUGAAAGUGUGACAGAAAACGAAGAUGAUUCAAAAUUGGAGUUUACAACGGACGAUAACAUGAUAUCCAGGACAGAAAACGAAAGACUUGAAGCUUGGAAAUUUUUUCGAAAUGUUAAAGGAGGUCUCAGUCCUGAUAAAGUCACCAAGCUUUGGGCGUCUCCAGGGGUACCAUGCCCUACUCCUAGAGUUGAGCCAGAACGAAAUAAACAUAAUAAUCACACUAAAUCACGAAAACAUCUUUCAUUUCCACUGCCUGGUUGGAUGGAAGAUUUUCAAUAUAAAAACAGACAAGCCUCACGUGCGGUCGAAAGUGUUUGUUAUGCGAGAAAAUCGGAAAGAGAAAGAAGGUGGACCCCAAUCAUUUCAAAUACCGCAAAUUUCACAUCUGGCUACCCUAGUCAGAGCUUCAAAAGUUUCAAUGCCAAUGGAGAAUUGGACUUCAGUCGAGAACGUCGACCAAGACGACACCAUUCUGACAAUGUUCAGGCUUCAUUGAAAUCAAAUGGAUAUGAACAACGCUAGAUUAAACCAGGAAAAUGGUAUUCAUUAUAACGCUUUAUUUAUUGAAAUUUAUUGCUAUUAUUUAUUCAUACAUUCAAAGUAAGCAACCUUAUUUACAUUUUUACAAAAAUG